AUAGCUUAAAUAUAGUGAAUCAUUUCCAGGUCACUUUGAACAUGGAGAGAGGUGCAGGGAGAUACUGGACUGAGGAUGAGAUUCGAGCUCUGUUAAGCGUUUGGUCUGAAAAGAGCAUUAAAAAACAGCUGCAUGGAACACUGAGAAACAAGGGGUUAUUCAUGUAUAUAGCUAAAAGAAUGCAGCAGUUAGGAGUAUUCCGGGACUGGAAGCAAUGCCGCGCAAAGUAUAAAAAUCUGAAAUAUGAAUAUAGAGCAAUAAAAUGUGGUACCAGCUUUGGAGAUGGAAGCAAGAUGCGAUUUUAUGAUGAGCUAGAUGCCAUACUGGGAUCAGAGACAGUUGCUGAAUUAGCAGAGAAUGAGGAGAGAAGCCCGAAUCUGGAAAGUGAGAUGCAUCUGGAUCCCAUCAAUCCUAGAGAUCAGGUGGAAGUCAUACCUGGAGACCUAACCCAAGGAGACAUUGAAAAUAGUCAUGUAAUGAUUCCAUCUAUAUCUAAUGAAGGAGGGAAACACUGGACUGACAGAGAAAUCCAAGCACUGAUAAAUAUCUGGUCUGACAAGAAUAUACGUUGGCAAUUAAAAGGCACUGUAAGGAACCAGGGAAUCUUCGAGCACAUAGCCAGCCUGCUCCACAAAGAAGGGAUAGACAGGGAUUGGAGGCAGUGCAGAACAAAGUAUAAAAACUUGAAGCACGAGUAUGUGGUUUUAAAAAAAGCGAAAGAAUCUGGAAAUAAAACAAAGACUAUGAAAUACUUUGACGAACUGGAUGUGAUACUGUGCAGCAAAUCUUCGGGACAUAGAAAGAGAUUAAACAUCACAGAUAUGCAAGCGUCUCGUACAUGGAACGAUUACUCUGCAACAAAUUCUUUAUCAGGAGUUGCUGAAUGUCAUGCUAAAGAACUCUACGUGGUUCCAGAUAGUGGUGAAAUGUCUGAAAAUAGCAAACAACCCUUAGAUUCAGGACCUACAAGGCUAUAUACGGAAGGAGGAAAGCACUGGACAACAGAGGAAGUCAAGGCUUUGAUAACAAUUUGGUAUGACCACGAUAUACGAAAACAGCUGGAAGGAACUGUGAGAAACAGAAGGAUAUUUGAACAUAUUGCCAGAUUGCUCCAGAAUUUAGGCAUAGAGAGGGACUGGAGACAGUGCCGGACCAAAUACAAAAACCUAAAGCAUGAGUACAUUGUGACCAAGAGAGCUCUGGAGUCAGGGUACGCAAACAAGACUAUGAAAUUCUUCUACAUAUUGGAUGACAUCCUGCAGAACAAGGUUUCAGAGCUACCAAGCCUGUCAGUCGCAGAUACAACAAAGAAUGUGUUCAACAGUGCGGUCUCGAACACAGAUAUGUUACAUAUUACAGAUCCCCAUACAGAAUCAGCUGAAGAAUCGUCCUUGGUUAAAGAAGAGCACAGAAGAAAAGAUUUAAAUGUGGAGAAUAAUUGUCCUGAGGAUGAAGAUUGUAGGAGUAAUAGCUCUGAUGUUAGUGGCAUUCAUCAUAUGAAGAAUGAGGUAGAUGGAAUUGGUGCUAAUUCCGAGUUACAGGAAGAAGCCGAAAAUGAUUUCAGGAUUAUCACUAUAAGCGAUACGGGUGUGGGACGGAACUGGAGUGACCAUGAAGUCCGAGCCUUAUUAAAUGUGUGGUCAGAUGAAAGGAUCUCUCGGCAUCUGGGAGGGACUUUUAGGAACAGAGAGCUUUUUGAAGAGAUCUCACAGAGAAUGAUGGAGUUUGGCGUCAACAGAGACUGGAAGCAGUGCAGGACAAAGUACAAGAACCUCAAGUAUGAAUACUACGGAAUGCUAAGGGAUGGAAGUCAUCUCAGUGAAAAGACCAUGAAGUUUUAUGAUGAAAUUGAUAGUAUAAUCCGAAGAAUGCCAAAGAAGUCCGUAGUUCAGGGGAGUGAACUACACAGUGCGGUUUCAAAUGGAAGAGUAGAGUCUUUUGAAAACCAUAACCAGCCACAAGAAACUGCAGCUAAAGAAACCAUAAAGAUAAAUGAAGACCAAGGGUAUGGCUUAUCACUCAAGAGAAAGGCUCCUUUAACAGAAUAUGCAAUAUCAGAUAAAAGGAGGAAUUCAGGACAUGAUGCAAUUGAAGCACAUUCGGGAUUUCCUGUCACACAGGUCAUAGGUGACAAGCAGGUAACAGAGAACCAUGUUACCCUGCAAGAUCUCUAUCAGCCUGUCAGAGGGAAUUCAUUACAGACUGCUCCCCAAUGCCAUCAAGACCUCAGCUGCCUGGGAGCUCGCUGCAGCCGUGACAUGAUGGAGUCCUCCUCCGCAGAACUGAGGCUUGGUAAGAAGAUCAAUGAAGGUAAAACUAAAGAGGUUCAUGAGUUGCUGGAUCACCCUGGCUGUGUUUUGAUGCUGUCAAAGGACCAAAUAACAGCAGGGAAUGCAGCCCGGAAGGAUCAUAUGGAAGGAAAGGCCUCCAUCGCAAACAAGACAACCAGCUGUGUCUUCAAAUUGCUGCAGGAAGCUGGUAUUAAAACUGCUUUUCUCAGGAAGUGCAGUGAGGCUGGAUUCAUUGCUACCCAUUGUGAAAUGAUUCCCAUUGAGUGGGUGUGCAGGAGAAUUGCUACAGGGUCAUUCCUGAAAAGAAAUCUUGGUGUCAAGGAGGGGUACAAGUUUUCGCCUCCCAAAGUUGAAAUGUUUUUUAAGGAUGAUGCAAAUAACGAUCCACAAUGGUCAGAGGAGCAAUUGAUAACCGCAAAGCUGAACUGUGCUGGACUUGUGAUUGGUCAAGCCGAGGUGGACAUCAUGAGCCAUUCCACAGUUGCCAUCUUUGAGAUUCUUGAGAGAGCUUGGUCAACACAGGAGUGUACUUUGGUUGAUAUGAAGAUUGAGUUUGGUGUUGAUGUGUCAAAAAAAGAAAUUGUUCUUGCUGAUGUCAUUGACAAUGAUUCCUGGCGACUGUGGCCAUCUGGAGACAAGACCCAACAAAAGGAUAAGCAAACUUAUCGUGACCUAAAGGAAAUCACUCCAGAGGCAAUGCAGAUGGUGAAAAGAAAUUUUGAGUGGGUGGCAGACAGAGUGGAGCUCUUGCUUGCGUCCAAAAGCCAAAGCAGGGUUGUGGUGUUAAUGGGGUCUAUUUCCGACCUUGCACAUUGUGAGAAAAUCAAGAAGUCCUGUGCAAACUAUGGUAUCCCAUGUGAGCUUAGGGUGACCUCUGCACACAAGGGCCCAGAUGAGACCCUCCGUAUUAAAUCGGAGUACGAAGGUGAUGGAAUUCCAACUGUGUUUGUUGCUGUGGCUGGUAGAAGCAAUGGGCUUGGGCCUGUUCUUUCUGGAAACUCUGCCUAUCCAGUUAUAAACUGUCCCCCACUUACUGCAGAUUGGGGUGCUCAGGAUGUUUGGUCUUCCCUCAGGAUGCCCAGUGGUCUUGGAUGCUCCACUGUGCUGUCUCCUGAAGCUGCCGCUCAGUUUGCUGCUCAAAUAUUUGGCUUAAACAACCAUCUGAUCUGGUCAAAGUUGCGUUCAUGCACUCUGAACACUUGGAUCUCUCUCAAACAGGCAGACUCAAAGCUGAGGGCAUGCAGCAUAUAAAAUCACUGCCUGUAACACCAUACUGUCAAUUCUCAUGAUUAAAACAAUUUUUCCUUA